UGUUGGGCUAGACUCGACAGAUGUCUGAUCAAUCUCGUUUGGGCAGACUUUUUUAAGAUCAAUAAGCUUAUUCAUCUCCCCCUCCUGUUCUCUGAUCAUUCUCCGCUUCUUCUGGCUUCUUCUCCUUCCCCUACUUCUUUUAAAAACAUUUUUCGUUUUAACAAUAACUGGUUUGAUUUUAUAGGUUGUCAUGACGCCGUUCGGGAAGCCUGGACCAAGCAUUCUCAUGGCAAUCCCAUGCAUGCGUUCUCACACCUUUUAUCUUGCACUCGUUCUAAACUCAGCGCGUGGCGUCGUAGUGGUGUCAACCAGACCGAGUCUGAUUUGAUUAAUAUUGAAGCUGAAAUCAAUAACCUUGAACAUUCUGAUUUUAACUCAAUCUCUCAAUCUUUUUUAAUGAAUCUUUAUACUAAUCUCUCAUACUUGCAGUGCCAGAAUAGCAACUUAUGGGCCCAACAUGCCCGUAUGCUAUGGAUCAAGGACGGAGAUAAAAAUACCAAUUUUUUCAUGCUAUUACCCGUAUACGUGCCCAUACUAACUUCAUCUCGCAGGUUGAUGAUUCUUCAGGUAACCGAUGUCAUGAACAAGCAAGUAUCGAAAGUGCCUUCCUCACAUUCUAUAAAAAUCUCUGGAGUGCUCCUAAUGUUAAUUUGGUUAGUCCUCUUCAUGCUUUCCCUAGUAAUCUUCCUUGCAUUACCGACUCAGAUGCAGUUUCUCUUACUCGGGAGGUUACUAAGGAAGAAGUUUAUCAAACCAUUUUAGAUCUUCCCACUGGUAAGUCUCCUGGUCCCGACGGCUUUAUUGUGGAGUUUUAUCGUAAUUUUUGGCCUGUUAUUAGUGAUCAUGUAUUUUUGGCCAUUCGUUUUUUCUUCGCCAAUUCUGUGCUUCCUUCUUUGUGGGGCAAAACUUUUAUUACCCUCAUCCCCAAGAAGGAUAGGCCUAAGAACGUCUCUGAUUUUCGUCUGAUUUCGCUUUGUAAUGUCAAUUAUAAAAUCAUUUCUAAGCUCUUGGCCAAUCGGUUGCAGCAUGUUCUCCCUAAAUUGAUAGGUCGAGAACAAGCUGGCUUUGUGACUGGCCGGUGCUCGUUUGAUAACAUUAUUGUUGUGCAAGAGAUUGUUCAUACUUUGGAAACUGAUUUCAAAAAACCCCCUGAGGAUGCUAAUUAAAUUAGAUAUUGAAAAAGCAUACGAUACUGUCAAUUGGAGUGCAAUUCUUGCGAUUCUUACUCGUAUGAAUUUCCCAACUCUUUGGAUCUCCUGGAUUUCUACCUGUUUACAAUCUUGCUCUUUCUCUAUUCUGGUUAAUGGUAGCAAUUCCCCUUGGUUCUCUUCGUUCAGAGGUGUUCAUCAAGGGGAUCCCAUUUCCUCUCAUUUAUUCAUUUUGGUGACCCAAGUCCUUACUUCUAUGCUUGAUACUAGUCUUGUGAAUUGCAUGAUUCCUGGUUUCAACCCUAAUCUCAAUCAUAACUUCAAUCAUCUCAUGUUCGCAGAUGAUUUAAUUCUUGUCACCCAAGCCUCUAGGCGUGCCGCCAGGGGCAUCAACCAGUGUCUUAAUGUCUAUGGUUUUCUUACUGGUCAACGUCCUAACUUCUCUAAGUCUCAGAUUUUUUUUCCUACUUGGUGCAACAAACAUGUUUCUUCUCGCAUCUGUGCUAUCUUAAACCUUACUCAAGCCUCCUUUCCUUUUAAAUACCUUGGAAUCUUGAUCUCUCCUAAGCGUCUUGCCGUCUCUACUUUUAAACCAAUGAUUGAUAAAAUUCGUCUUCAGUGCAAUCGUUAGAGUAACUUUAACCUCUCAUCAGCAGCGAAAGCUACUCUAAUCAACUCUUCCCUUCUUUCCAUUCCUACUUAUACUCUAUCUGUUUAUACAAUCCCUGAAGUAGUUAUUUCUGAGAUCACCAAAGUGGUUAGGAAAUUCUAUUAAUGUAGGAAUGGCAAUGGAAAGGGCAUUCAUAAUGUGAACUGGAAAACUUUAAACAAAGGUUAGCCUGAGGGGGGAAUUGGAAUCAGAAAUUUAUCUCUUGCUAAAUCUUUUCUUAUGGCAAAGCAUGUCUUUGGUUUUUUAAACAAGAAAGAUGGCAUUUGGGUUGAUGUUUUGAGUCAUAAGUAUGACAAAUUAGACUUUUGGAGAAACACUGCCCCUGUGAAUUGUUCAUGGUUUUACAGAAGUCUUCACAAAGCGGCGCCUCAAAUCAAACCUUUUUGUCGUAUUAAUUUGAUCAAUCCUGCUCUGACUUCCUUUUGUUGGGAUCCAUGGUGUUUUGAUAUCCCUAUUGCACUUAAGCCUACAUUUAUUAAUAUGAAUGUGGAUGUCAAUCUCCUCUCCAUUUCUGAUGUUGUUAAUGGAGAUAGAUGGUGUGAUACUAGCUUGCUCUAUGUGUUUGGCCCCAAUUUUAACUUGCAGGAAUUGAGUUCUACCUCUAUUGACCUUAACUCCGGUAACCACUGGAUUUGGAAUCCUCCUACCAAGCUUCACAAAAUUUCCUCCACUAUCUAUCAACAGUUAAAUCUUAGCACUCCCCCGGAGGAGGUUUGGCCUGGUUGGCAGCUAAUUUGGAAGCUCAAUAUUGCCCCGAGAACCAAACAUUUUAUGUGGACACUCUUUCAUGGUCUCUUGUCAACCACUAACUUCUUGUACCACUUGAAUCUUGGACCCAAUGACCCUUGCAGUUUGUGUGGUCUCUCCCCUGAAACCAUUGAUCAUCUUUUCAGUCAUUGUACUAAAACUAAACAGCUCACUGAGGGCAACUACUCCAAUUACAUCAACUCAGUCAUUGCUGCAACUGCUUGGAUGCUCUGGAAAUCCCGUUGUAAUAUCAUAUUUCAUAAUGCUUGUAUCAACCUUCCUACUGUUGUCUGCAGAGCACUAGCCCAUGUGCAGGAGUACACUGAUUGCAACAGAAGUUUAAUUGGGUAAAAGCUAAUCUUGAACAACCUUUCUAGCUCUGAUGACUUCAUAUUAUUCCCACACAUCAAUAUCAACCUGGCCACCAAGGUAUGUUCUGUGGGAUUCUUUAUCACUAGUUCUAAUUAUGUAAUUUACAUUGCAAGUUGUUGUGCUCAUGACAUGGAUGAUGCGUCGCUGGAUGAUCUUUCCGCUCUCGGCUUCGCUCUCCAAACUACUUCCGAUCAUCGCCUCGGCAUCAAACACAUCUUUGUCCAAUCUCCCACAACUUCAGCAACAAUUGCAAAUCCUGACCCUGUCGUUACUUGGAGAUUCGACGCUCUGAUCACUAAUAUCAGACGUCUGCUGAAUGAACAUGCUUCUCCUGUUGUUCAUUGUAUUCCUUGUCACUGGAUGCUGCCGGCCAUUCACUUAGCCACUCAUGGACUCAAUUACUCAGCCCUUAAUCUCUUUCUCUUUGGGCGUGACCUCCCUUACUGGAUCAUGAAUGCAUUUAAAGAGUUUGGUUUUAAAUUUUAGUUUUGCUAGCUGCUUGAACCAGGUGUUGCUGGUUCCUUUUUAUUCUUGUUUCUGAACUUUCUUUUGUUUCUCUCCCUUGUUUUUCAA